CGGCGGGGGCAGCGGGAGGAGGAAGAGGAAGAACAGCCGGGCCGGGCCGGGCCGGGCCGGGCCGGGCCGGGCCGGGGCAGCCGAGCGGAGCAGUCCCUACAAGGUCAGGGGGCCGGCCGGGCCGUCGCUCUGCAGCGCUGAGCACGGCGGCGACGUGACCUACAUUCGCGCGAGGAAGGUGCCCCGCGCCGCGGCACGCGCCGGCCUUUCGCUGCAGCCACGCCAUGAAGCGGCACAAGUGAAGGCAAAGCCGUCGGCACGUCGGGCCGCGCGCGGGAGGCGGCGGGACAUGGCCAGCUCGGCACCGUGGCUGCGCUGGACGGAACGGGACCUGGGCAGCGGCUCCCGGGAGCCAAAGCUCUGGGAGGAAGAGGAGGAGGAGGAGGAGGAUUUUGAAGAGCACGUGGAUGAGAACAGAGUCAUUGGCCUGCAGGAUGGGCUUACGGGCCGGCUGAGGAGCUCCCGUUUCGCGGAGGCGCUCGGCUGGCAGGUCCCGCGUCCCCCUGCGCACGCGAGGGGUUUCCGCCGCUGCGAGCCGCAGGAGUUUGGUCUGGAGGAGUCAGGCGCCGAUGGGGAGGACGCCGGGAGCCCGACGUCAGGGAACGGCGAGGACCCGGCUGAUGGGCUGCAGGCAGACCUGGCUUAUUGGCGCCCGCGGGAGGACGCGACCGAAGAGGACGAGGAGCGAGGCAGCUCGGGGGACGAGGAGAGGCUGGAGGGCACCUGGGGGGCCGAGAGCGACGGGGAUGCAUACCCGGAGCUCUCCUACGAGGGCCAGUACGGCUCCGAGCGCAGCGGCAGCCCGGAGGCGCCGCAGGACGACCCGGCUCUCCGGAGCCCCUACGAGCAAUCGCUCAGCUUCAGCACGGGCGGCGGGGAGACGUCGGCACCUUCGGACAUCAGCCCCAGCCCUUCCCCUCGCCGCCAGCUGCGGCCGGGCCGGAGGGAGCCCGGCGGAGCCUCCGGGAGCCCUGGGGCCGCGGCGGGGCCGACGUCGCCCUGCCCCUCGGGCGGCAGCCCCGGGCUGAGCCUGCCGGCCGGCUCCGGCCGCUGGAGCCUCCGGCUCUCCGCCGACGACCUCCCCGGCCCCGAGGCAGAGCCCUUCGCCGACUCCAGCGCCGGGAGCAGCAGGGAGCCGCCCGCCGGGGGCUUGGCGCCCGCCGGGCAGCGCGGGAGCAGCGGGACCCCGCCGGCCGAGAGCCCGCAGUACGGCCGAGGGCCGCUCAACUACCCGCUGCCCGACCUGUCCAAGGUGGAGGCGCGGGUGAAGUUCGACCAGAGCUACCGCCCGCCCCGCGGCCGGGCGCUGCCCGCCGCCGCCCCUCGGGGCCGCCCCGUCCUCCCCAAGUCUCCGGCCGAGAUCGUGCGCGAGGCGCUGCUGAGCGGCGCGCCGGGCUCGCCGCCGUGGUGCCCCGCGCCCGCCGCCGGCCUGCCCCGUGCCUGCGGGUGCCCCAAACAAGCCACCCAGCUGGUGCAGCAGCUGCAGGACGACUACCACAAGCUGCUGACCAAGUACGCUGAGGCCGAGAACACCAUCGACCAGCUGCGGCUGGGCGCCAAGGUGAGCUUGUACGCCGAUCCGCCGAAGCCCAGCCACAGCGUCCACAUGGGGACCGUGGGGACCAGCUCCAAGGUCAUGGCCUUCAGCAUCCCACAGGCGAGGACAGCAGCCAUCAGCGCUGCCCCUGCCCCUUCCACAGCCCUGCAGCCCUCUGUGGACACAGAGCCAGCACAAGGACCAGUCAACCAGGGAACGUUGCCCCAGUCUCAUUCGCCCUCUUUCUCCGGGGCAAGCUGCUAUGUGUGCUCAGGAGAGUGCAGGUUCCCAGGGCAACACCUGUGCCCAGGAACUCAGCUCACACAGACACUGGCAGGACAGACCCGCAAGUUUCAGGCUCAGGUGGAGUCCUUUGAAGCCUGGAUCCAGGCGGGGAAGUCCACGCCACAGGAGCAGCUCCAGAGGUUUAGGAAGCUGAAGGACACUCAGGACACACUGGAACGAGCAUACCUGCAAGCCCGGGAGGAGAACCGCAGGCUGCAGCAGGACCCAGGAGCUUCAGGGGAAUUUGAUCCAGACCGCGCAGUAGAAGGGGAGAUAUUCUGCCUGGGGAUGCGUCUGGAGGAGCUGAAAGAUCAGCUCGAGCGAGCAGCUCAGAGCCAGUUUUCCCCGCGGAGCUGUUCGGAGCCGGGCUCUGCUGGCCACUCGCCGGUGCCACUCUCUGAGACGUGCAUGUCUUCCCCGACUCCCUCGCUGCAAGCCCCGAUGCCAGCCGCACGCACCCCCUACCCCGAGAGCCCCACGCAGGUGGCCCUCACCAGCACCCGGCUGGGCACCGGCGCGAGCUCUGCGAGUGGGGAGAGCGAGGCAGGAGCUGAGCUCCCCAAGCCCUUCUGGCACAAGCAGCUCCGGGUGGAGGAAGACUUCGGUGACCUGCUAGAGCAGUACAAGCACUUCAAAUCCUUGCCGACAUCACUGAGCCUGGAGCAGCUGAGCCUGGCAGGGAGCCAGUCCCCAGAGGAGGUGGAUGGGCCUGUGGAAGGGGAGAGUGGCCUGGGCAAGAUCUCCUGCAGGACACAGUUACUAGAGGAGAGGACUGACAUCGGGACCUCUCCCUUGCAAACCCUAGAGAGGAGAGCGGGGCCGCUGUCUCGCAGGGAGCAACCGCGGCCAGUAGGGAACAGCGGCCGCCUGCCCUCCGCCGGCAAGCAGGAGCCGCUCGCCGCAGCCACGACGGUCAAGUCCCCGGUGGGGGUCCCCGAACCACCGCAGCUGCAGGCACCCCUCUCCCACCGCAGCAGCAAGACGGGCAGUGCUGCCUCUGAGCACCGGCUCCAUGAGCAUUGCCGACAGGCAAAACCUGCCCAGGCGGAGGAGCAGCGUAUCAUAUCACCGGAGAUGGACAGUGGGUUUGUGGGCUCAGAGGCCAGCAGGGUGUCUCCGCUGAUGCACACGCCGGAGCACCGUCCCCCACAUGCUGAGACACCUGGCUCGCUGGGAAGACCUGGCCCCAUCUCCACUCCCUCAACCCUCCAUCCGCUGCAGAAGAGAGAGGCAGCCCCGCUUCCCUCAGAAAAGGCACUGAUGGGCAUCUAUACAACCUCCGGGCACGGGCCACCCCAGGACGGCACGCGGGGGCCCAGCCUGCCCCCCAGCACUGCCUCGCAAACCAGCUCCCCUCCCCGGUGGGCAGACAGCGUUGCCAGUGAGGUGGCACCUGAUGCUGACGGCACUCACACGGACUCGGAGGCAGAGGUGGAAGGGAGGAGCUGUGCCAGCACUUACAGCCACCUGCCUGGUAAGACCGGGGGUCCAGCCACCACCAUGCCGUCCCUCGCCAAGGUUCACCAUGACCUGCUGGGCUCCCGCAUGGAGCGCGACCAGGCGAUCCGCGCGCUGCGGGAUGAAGUGUCGCGGCUGCAGCAGAGGCUGGAGGAGAGCUUGCACCGACCGCGCAGCCACCCGGCGGGAAGAGCCUCUCCGCGCCCUGCAAAGGCCCGGAGGCAGAUGGUGGGGAACGGGCUGGCCCCCAAGGACCCGGCGCCCUCUGAGGAGUCGAGUGCCAUGGCGCGGGGGAAGCCGGCCCCGGCGACCAAGCCAGCGCGGAGGGGGAGAUCAGCGUCGCUGCCGCGGGACGGGCCAGAGCUGGACCUCAUCUCAGAGUCAGAUCGCUCACCAGCCGGGCCCUGGGAUGGGCGGUCCAAAGCCAUGCUCUCCCCUCGGAGGAGCCCUCGGAGCCUGCCGGACACGGUGACGGUUAAGGGCCAAUACACAGGGACGUGGUACCACGCGGUGCCGCUCGCCUCCCCAGCACCAAGAGGAGAGCCGGGCACUCCUUCGUGCCCCCACUGCCGUGGGAGCCGGCCGCCGGCCAGUAAGCAGCCCAGCAUGCAGCCCCUCGGGAGGCUCUCGUCACAUCCCAAGCAGGAAAAACGCCUUUUUGUCUGCGAUCUCGGAGGGCUUCCCAGUUCCCUGUUAAUGGAGCUGUUAAUGACUUCAGACAUUAAUUCAUUAAGUAACUACAGAAUUACAAGACUCGAGGGAGCCAGUUCCUCAGUGGGAGAUGCGGUGAGACAGCCCCAGCAGAGCACUGCAAGGAAGACACGCUGUCCCACGUGCCAGGCACUCCGGGACGCCCCCACGCCCAACACCAGGGACAGAGCAGCACACGCAGAGCACAGCUCGGACAGCAUGUCGUCUCCAGGCUCCCAUGUUGCUCCCAGAGCCGAGAAGCUGGAGCAGCCUGGACUUUGGUACUUGGCAGCCAGCCCUGCUGCAGCCAGUGUCAGCUACCUUGCACCGGUCCCCCUCGUGCCUUACGUGCCCUCUGUGCUCUACUGCUCCCCAGCAGUAUCUACCUCAGCCCCAGCCUUGGCUGGCCUCCCCCUCCAUCACGUUGCCGGGUACCGGCAGGCAGAACGGACACCACGGGCCACCCACCAGCAAGCUGCUGGCCACCACCGCCCCCUCACCCUGGACCUUGAUGACUUGGAGGACCUCAACUGGUCUCUGUCCCGCGCUGUGGAGGCCGCCAAGAGCAUGAAGUUCACCACAAAGCAGAUGAGCCGAUCGCUGACCUCCGAACUGAGCAAAGUCCGGGACCUCCGGGGAUCCUGUCUCUUCUGAGGGGAGCUGGACGUAGCUGGGUUGAAGCUAGGAAGCUGGCAGAAGGCCAGGAGAAGGCCUGGGGAGUGAUGUGCCAAAGCAACUCGUCCGUUCCCGCCUUCUCAGCAGGCAGCAGGAGAAUCUUGCCCCUCUCUGCUGGAUGCUCCCUACCAGAUCCUGAGGCACCUCCGUCCAAGACAAGGCUGGAAGCAUCUCUGCCGGGUCCUAAACCUGCUCCCAACCCACAUCAUAGUUGCCUUAACCCUCCUCACCUGUGUGGUUCAUCCACAGGGAGGACGCUGCAUCUGCCCCCUGAGGUGGGCAGAUCUGCCUGCUCUGUGCUGAGCCAGGAGCAGUCGGGCUAGUUUACAUGUUUUCUGAGACACUCCCUAUUCCUGGCACCCGUAACGGUUCCCUUGGGCUCUGUCCCCUCCAUGUGCCUCUCUGUCUGGCCCCGCAGUGCCUGGGCAGAUGCUGCUGGCAAGCCAAGAGCUUCCUCGAAAUGCUCUGCUUUUGUGUAGGUCCUACUGCAGUAAGGGCUGAGACCCUGCGUGGAGCCGUGUUUACCGCGUCUCCGCCUGCAGAAGCGUGUACAGAAGUACCUGGGGUCCUGUUUUAUUUCCAAAGGCAAAUGCAGAAGGAACUGCCUUAGAAACAUCUGGAUAGUUUAAUUUAUGUUACCGGCUUUCUAGGGUUGCACUUAAGCUUCGCGUUGCUGGCGCUGCCUUUGCGACGGGCGAGCCGUGGCACUGGAAGGGGCUUUGCGUUCUCCGUCACGACGGCUGUUCCCCUCCCCGGCCCCUCUCCCCGGCCGACCCUCCCGCUCCGGUGCCAUUUAUAGCUCCUGCUGGGAAUUUAGGCCAUUUCUACGAGCCCUUCGGCAUCGUCUUCACCAGACCGGGCGCUAAUUCCCGUCCUGUUCUUCCCGGCUCUCGGAAGACGUGGGCUGUUCACGCUGACUGCCGGAGGGGUUCGGGCAGCGGGCGCAGCCGGGGUGCGGGGCUUUAGCGCUCGGAAGCGAAGCAGUUUGUGGCCAAGUCUCUCGCCGCUUUGACUGUUCUGCUGCUAGGUAUUCGGGGUCGUUCGGGUGCGUUGCGACGCCCCGACCGCCCCCGCGGCUCGUGGGGGGCAGCUCCCCCGGCAGUGUCCGGGCUCGGCUGCUUCAAACCGGUGUCUGCUGUUUUGGGGCAAGGCUGUGGGGUUUUUGGUGUUGUCUCCGUGUUUUAACGCCCAACCUGCGUUUCCGCCGUGUCCGCAGUGGGGAGGGCCCCGAGCUGGUGGCAUCCCUGCGAGCGGGUGCACGGGCAGACGCCACCUUCUCCCGCUUCCCGGCGGUGGAAGGGGCUUCAUCAAGCUCCCAGCAGCUUUUCAAUCUUCCCUUUUCCCAUUUUUAUACCGGCAAAGGGAGAGGGACGGGAGGAGGAUCAGGCAGAAGAGGGACAAAACCGAGUGCCACAAAGUGGCUCUAACUGGAAAAGCGUCUUUGGGGAGGGGGAGCGGGGUGCUUUGGCCGAGGAAGCUGUCCGCGUCCCCAGCCCCAGCGGAGCCGCCGGGUGGCCCCCGCGCAGCGCUGGGGCCCCGGGAGCCGCCGGAGCGUCUCCAAAGUCCUCCCGGGGACUCUGCCCCGCGUAGGCGCUGCCUUUCUGCUCCCCGCUCUGUCAUGGGACUCGAAUCGGGUUGGACCCUGAAUUCGGGCCCCGAAUUGGGCUCAGCUGUGUGUCACGUAUGGCCUUUUUUUUUUUUUUUUUCCCUCCACGGUAGCUAGUAAGUAGCUAAAUCACUCUUUUGGGGUUGAUUAUCAGUAUACGAUACAUGUCUGUGUAUAUAUGUGUAUAUAUAUAUAUACAUAAAUAUGUAUAUAUGUGGGUUUUUUUUCUUUUUGUUUUACUUUCCAGCAUCACCCUAAGGGCAUUUGAGUUUUCUCACGUAAUUUAUUGCUGCAGUUUUUAACUAGCUCUUGAGCGCGUGUUUACGCCUGUGUGUUUUAGGGCUGUGCCGGGGGGGAGUUAAGCCAUUCCCCCCCCCCCCCGGCCCAAGCCCAUCCCGGCAGCAUAAAAAAGAGGGAUUUGGGGGGAGGGUUCCCAGGGGUCCGGGCAGGGGGUUGGCUGGCUGUCGCCGUCUCCACUGUCUCCAAAAAAUCAGUGGAAAACGCUGAUGAGAAAUAUAAAGAAGCCGGUGCCGGCUGGUUGGGUUUCGCGGGGCGAGGGCGCAGAGCGCGGCCUCGGAGCGGGAAGCCGCCAGCGGCGCGAGAAGCGGCCGGCGGCGCUCGAGCGUCUGAAAUGCAAUAGCAAGAAGCAUAGAGGACGGUUUUCUGCAGCUCUUAUUUUGUAAUAAAUAGCAGAGCCAUUUGGACGGUAUUUUGUAAGAAGCUAAU